AUGUGCGUGGGGCGGAAGGCCUUGGCGCACGAGAGGCGGCGCGUGGCGGCGGCGGCGGCGGCGGCGGCGCCCGUCAAGGGUGCGGAUCCGCACCUGCCGAUCGGCGACAAGGCCUGGGGCGCGGGCGGAGGACCCACUCGAGAUAAAGCAGCGGUCGACGUGGAGCACUUGACCCAUGUCAUGCCCACAAUGCCCGUGUACCCCGAGUACACCUGGGACCAGUGGCAGGAGAUCAUGGCCAAUCAGGAGGUGAAGGAAGACCCCCUGGCCGAGUACCCCGGCACCGAGCCCCAGCCUGGUGAGUCCCCUGAUGUCACCUUCCAG